AGAAAGACGCGCGCUCCUCUUCACGCGCUGUGUCCGUCUGAGCUGCGCCGCACUCGGUUUGAUGAUCGCGAUGGAGACGGUCAUACUCAGAUUUAUUUUAAGUAACGGAGGAGCAGCGAUCACCAAGGACCUGCUCUUUAACCUGUGCGACACUUCCACUCUUUUAGAAAUCAUAAACAACGAUGACAAGUUUGUAUCGUGUUCCUUCAGCGGGACUCCGAAGAUUGUUGUCCGGAGCAGAGUGAGACUGUGCCGGGCCAAAGAGUGUCCGGGCUGCGGGGACCUCCACCUGUGCAAAGUCUUUCUCCUGUCUGGAUCCUGCAAGUUCACUCAGCUCAGGAGAGGAUGUCUGUUUUCUCAUGAUAUGAACUCAGACCACAACGUCCGGGUGCUGAGGGCCAAUGGUCUGGAGACUCUGAGCAGGUCUGAGCUGUGCCUGCUCCUGCUCCAGAGUGACCCCACCCUGCUGCCUCAGAUUUGCCAUGACUACAACAGGGGUUCUGGCUCUAGCGGUCAGUGCAGAGAGGGCUGCCACAGACUGCACAUCUGUGAGAGGUUUCAAGACUGCAGCUGCUACAGGAACCAUGACUUCUUUGCUCCACAACCUCUCAAACUCCUGCAAGAAAAACAGAUCCCCGAGAAUCUGAUGGGCUCCUUAAAGUCAGUGUGUGUGAACAAGGACGCGCUGAGGUUAGCUGACCAAAAGGCUGGUCGAAUAUAUAGAGGAGGCAACGGAAAUAUGAGCGAUAAUUUGUCCAAAAGAUCAUUUUCUUGUGGGAAUCUUCUCGGGGCGGUUGAUGCUGACAUGGAUGGAGUCAGUGCCAGACGAUCUAACCAGAGACAAAGAGAUAAAACCGAGAUCUGCAUGUAUUUCAUCAAAGGACACUGUAAACAUGAAGAUCGCUGUUAUAAAGCUCAUGACAAGAUGCCGUACAGAUGGGAGAUCAGACGGGGCGGCCAGUGGACUCCUAUGGCUGAAAAUGAGACCAUAGAGAAAGACUACAGUGACCCCCAAAACACAUACAGCACUACCAGUCCUCCUGUGCAUUUUGACACAAUGACGUGUGGGUCAGAUGAAGUGAGGCGUCUCUCUACUGUGAACUCUGUGCUGCAGCCAGAUUUCAUCCACACCACAGACUGGCUGUGGUACUGGGAGGACGAGUACGGCACCUGGUACCAGUAUGGUGCUGUGUCGAGUGAGCAUCGCAUGGCCAGCAUCACCAGCAAAGACCUGGAGGAGAUGUAUGUGAGCAAGGAGAAGGAUGUUGUGGAGUUCUCUGCAGGAUCACAUAAAUAUUCAAUCAAUUUGCAAGACAUGAUUCAGACAAACUUAAAGUACAACACCAAGAGGCUGGUGAGGAGGAGACCGAAGUUUGUCUCUGCAGCUGAAGUCCAGACCACCAGAAAACGUCCAGCAAACUCUACUGCUGUACCAGACUACUGGGACAAGACACAGAUCUCCCAAACAGGAUACAAGAGAGUGAUUGUGCCGCCCUCCUCAGACGAAUAUAAAGAGAUCCAAGAGCUUUUCUCUCAAACCAUGACGACUUUUAACAUUAUCCAAAUCGAGAGGAUUCAGAACAAAGCACUGUGGGAGGCCUUCCAGCUGCAAAAGAUUCACAUGAAGAACAACAACGGCAGAAAACCAGUGUUGGAGAAGAAGCUUUUCCAUGGAACAGAUCCUAAGUUUGUGGACACUAUUUGUGCCACAAACUUUGACUGGAGAGUGUGUGGAGUCAAUGGGACGUCUUUUGGCCAAGGAAGCUACUUUGCCCGGGACGCCUCCUACUCCCACCGCUACACUGGAGACUCCGACCCACGUUCCAUGUUCGUGUCUCGAGUUUUGGUCGGAGAAUUCACCAAAGGUUCUUCAGAGUACAGACGCCCUCCUUCUAAAGACGGAGGAGACGUGAACCUGUUUGACAGCUGUGUGAACAACAUCACCACGCCAUCUAUUUUUGUCAUAUUUGAGAAACACCAAAUAUAUCCCGAAUACUUGCUGCAGUAUGAACCAAAGAGCUCAAGUGAAAUACAGUUAAACAAUACACUUCUAAAAAUAAGACACCUAAACAGUGCCAGGUUGUCUCAUCGUAACACUGGCAUUGCAGAUUCUGUCUCAGUGCCAACUUCAGCAACCACCACACUGGUAUCAACUCCAUUCUUAUCAGCACUGCAACUGCAAUCAGAAACAAGGCCUCCUAUACCGAGAAAACCAUUACUUAAACAUGUGAUAUCAAAUCCUACAUCACAACAGGAACAACUAUCAGAAGCAACAGAAACAAAUACCACUUUAACAAGAAUGAAACAUCUAAUAUCAAAUCUCAGAUCACAACAGGAACAACAAUCAGAAGCAACAGAAACAAGGUCCACUAUAACCAGAAAACCAUUAAUUAGACAAGUAACUACAUCAGCUGGAGAUUUAGAUGUAGCCUCGUGGAGAACCGCCAUAGAAAAGCCAAAACCAGCGUCUUAUAGUGAGCGUAACCUUCGAACUGAAGAGGCAGCCUCGUGGAGAACCGCCGCCAUAGAAAAGCCAAAACCAGCGUCUUAUAGUGAGCGUAACCUUCGAACUGAAGAGGCAGCCUCGUGGAGAACCGCCGCCAUAGAAAAGCCAAAACCAGCGUCUUGGAGUGACCGUAACCUUCGAACUGAAGAGGCAGCCUCGUGGAGAACCGCCGCCAUAGAAAAGCCAAAACCAGCGUCUUGGCGUGACCGUAACCUUCGAAAUGAAGAGGCAGCCUCGUGGAGAACCGCCGCCAUAGAAAAACCAAAACCAGCGUCUUAUAGUGAGCGUAACCUUGCCUGUUCUGACCCAAAACCUGUUGUUAUUCCGAGUUGUUUCACCUCCUCACUGCAUCCUUCUCAAUCAGUUGUUCCACCGAGUCAAUCCUCUACUUCAUCAUUUGCGGAUUUGCUGGAAUGGGCAAAAAAAAAUAUGGGUUAAAGUGCGUGUAGCAGAUUAAACCACACAUUUUACUAAAGCAAAGUCGUCAUUGUGUUUCUAGAGCCCAUAUUACAUUAUUAUAUUACAUUACAUUAUAGUCAACUUUUUUUCUUUUUUGUGUUUAUUAAAUUGGUGUUCGCUAAAAAAAAAUAAAGUCUGUGUGCAACCUCCGUUCUCCACAGAUCUGACCUGGAAUUUGGGCUAAUAAUGCCACCUGUCAGUAUCUAGAGAUCUAGAAACGCACAGACAGAUGUUAAAUGCCUGUUGAACAUUUCAGGCAAAGCAAUACGUAUCUAUGGAAAGAGGCAUGUGCCAGUCCUUCCACAGAAAAGCUAUGUAAAUAAUAUAAUGGUUAAGUAAUAAAUGGGAAAACUUAAAAAAAAAAAAAAAAAAAAGGUGUGCUUUGUAAAAAGUGAAAUGGUAAUACUAAUAAGAAUAAAUAAAUAAAUAAAUGUGUAUUUUGAUAGUAAAAAUGUAAUUUGCUUAUAAAACCUUUAUGGUGUUUUCUGUAUGGAAUUUUUAUUUUUCAAAAUACUUGUUCUUGUAAAACACUUGUAUUUACUCAGGAACCUGCCAUUUCAUUUAUUUGUUUGUUUCAUAUUUGACCUUUGGCAUAAUUCAUAAAAUGCUUUCAUUUCUUUUUUAUUUACCAAUACUGAUAAAGAAUGUUAUGGAUCUUUUUUAUGUAAGUGAUUGAAAAGGUCUGCAGCACUUGUACUUGUAGAGGAUUGUUUUGAUUGUCGAUUGUGUGAGUCAGAAUACAUGGAAUUGUCUCGCCAAAAAAAAAGAAAAUCGGAUUUUCUACAAGAAGCAUUGUGUGGGUUUCCCUGUCAAAUCCAGAAUCAUCUCUCUGGUUCAUUCCCUUUAAGUAUUUCUUCUAGAAAGUCUUUUGCCACAUUUGGUGGCACGUAUGGUAUAAAACAUCUGUGUCAAAUGUCCAGAGCUAGCUAGUAUUGUCACUUUAAAGCAUUGUUUCCCAAAGACUGGGUCACGACAGAUAUUUUUGGGGGGUUGCCUUGUCACGAUCUGCAUGUACCUUAGGUUUGCAAUAUACAGUUCUGCCUGUACGCCUGAUCUGCUGCUGCCCUCUCCUCCUGCACCCUGGACUGAAACACGCAACAAAAACGCCCACCUGUCUCAUUAGAAAUGUUGAAAUGUUAAGGCAUGCUUUGCAUAAUUUGUCAUCUUUUUGUAAUAAUUUUAUUGUUCCAAUAUUGCUGCUUCAAUUGAGUGUUGAAAGGAAAAGAAAUGUUCUACAUUUAAUGUCCAAAUAGGCGACUUAUAGAACCUUUUAUUGCUGCUUCAAUUACGUUUUUCAUUGUUUAAAACUUGAGAAAUAUUAAUUGUUCAGAGAGACAAUAAAAUAUCCUCAUUAAUGUUCA